AUCAAACGGUGAAAGUCCAGACGGUAGAGAAGAAGACAGAAGAGGAAGACGGAAGACAUCUUCAUAACACUAGCAUUUGCCAGUUUAUGAUACCCACCAGUUUAAAUCCAUCAAACAUGAAUGAGGAGAAAUAUCCGCGAUCAUCGAUUGAGGAUGACUUCAAUUAUGGCACGAACGUCGCGAGCGCGAGCGUGCACAUCCGGAUGGAUUUUCUUCGCAAGGUUUACACCAUCCUGUCCUUGCAGAUUAUUGUAACCACUGUUAUAUCUGCUGUGUUUAUGCUCUGUGACCCCAUUAAAAGCUUUGUGCACUCCAGUCCCGCUCUGGUCCUGGUAUCUGCUGUCGGGUCUCUUAUCCUGCUCCUUGCCCUCGCUGUGUACCGACACCAGCACCCUAUCAAUCUAUAUUUGCUAUUUGGAUUUACACUGCUCGAGUCACUGUCUGUAGCUACUGCAGUGACAUUUUACGACUACACCAUAGUGCUCCAGGCUUUUGUGCUCACAUCUGCCGUGUUCCUGGGUCUCACUGCCUACACCUGCCAGUCCAAACGGGAUUUCAGCAAACUUGGGGCCAGUCUGUUCGCCGGCCUGUGGAUCCUGAUCAUUGCAGGUUUUCUGAGGCUUUUCUUUUACAACGACACCAUGGAGUUGGUUUUUGCUGGGGCCGGCGCGCUGCUGUUCUGUGGGUUUAUUAUUUUCGAUACGCACCUGCUGAUGCACAAGCUCUCACCAGAGGAACACGUCCUGGCGUCCAUCAAUCUGUACCUGGACAUAAUCAACCUCUUUCUGCACAUCCUGCGCAUUCUUGACUCAAUGAAGAAACACUGAAGGGUGUGAUGUUAUUUCAUUUUGGAGCUGAAUUCUGGGUACUUUAUUUCUGAGUAGAUUCAAAUACAGAAACAUUUUAAUUUAAUAAUCGGUAACACUUUACAAUAAGGUUAAAUUAGUAAACAUUAGUAAAUGCAUUAACUAACAUGAACAAAUAAUGAACCAUAUGGUUUUUGGGUAGUAGUACUAGUUAGUUAAUGUUAAUGCUUGAUUUUAUAAAUGUAUUAGUAAAUGAACAAAAAUUAAUAAAUGCUGUAGAAGUAUUGUUUAUGUUAGCUAAUGCAUUAACUAAUUAUUUACAAAUACACACUGUAAAAAAAUUCUGUAGAAAUUACAGUGUUAUUGCAGCUGGGUUGCCGGUAACUUACCGUAGAUUUAAAUGUAUGUUAUUUACUUGCAACAUUUUGUUCAAAGUUAAAUAAACAUUAAGCAAUUACAAGUCUUUGUCUUUACAGAGUAAAACUAAAAAAACAGCAUCAAGCAAAACAUUCUGAGAAACAAAAUCUGAAGCAAAAAAACAGAAAAAGGUUGAUGAUGAUUUCUGGUUCCCAGAAUGCUUUGCAUGAGGCUGUUAUUGUAUAGUUUUAUUCUGUAAAGAUAAAAACUUGUUAAUAUUUAAAAUUUAUUUAACUUUUAUAACUUUGAACAAACUCUUGCCAGUAAAUAACAUAAAUUUAAAUCUACGGUAAAUUACCGGCAACCCAGCUGCAAUAACAUUGUAAUUUUUUUUUUUUUUACAGUGCAAUCUUAUUGCGGUGUUUAGUAUCACAACACAGGAUAUUUUCCAAAAUAUAUUUGCAAUUUUCAACUAAUCGUAUUAAAGUAACCAGUGCAAUGUUAAACAUUCACAACCAAAUUGUACAUAUCAUUUAUUUGGAUUUAUGUCUUACAGAGGAUACACACUGAUGCCACUUUUGCAUCAAAAUUAUUUGUUAAGUGACUAUGUGCACCGUUCUCUUUAGAAAGUACUGUACAUGCAAGCGAUUUUGCAUAUAAUUUCUUCUCUACAGCAGGUGUUUAAAAUGUCACUUCUUGUAUGAUGUAUUACUUUCCUUAUGUUUCCAAACCAGGUGCAUCAUACAUUCAGCUCGCUUCAGUACUUUGGAUAUAUUUGAAAGCUAUAGCAAGUUAUGAUUCUAAAAAAAAUUACUUGAUCUUUUAAGCUGUGAUAGUUAUGAAUGCUAGUAUGCUUCCUGAAUUGUGUUAAGUGUGGUGUACCUCAUCUGUGCUAAUGUCCUGUCUAGUUGGGUGCAACUGUAAAUUAGUGAUAAUGGUUUGGGAACGCACUUUACAUCAAGCCUACACAUUUUGAUUCAUUUUGGUUGGUGCAUGGGAUGUUCAUCAUUAAAUAUUAAUAUUGUAAGCCUAUAAUCGACGUUAACAUUCCAAAAGCUUUUACACAAAACUGGUUUACUUUAAUACCAUAUAAACA